CGCUUUUGGUUUUGAUGCUUCUAUUUUUAACAGGAAGUAACUUCCCCUCUCGUUUCCGGUUAGCUUUGCUAGCUUGAUACCGCAGCUUGUUGAUGUUUUCGUUCAGCUUCCAGUCUCCCUCAGAACGGGCGCAGCUCCGCUCAGCUACACAAGCAAAUAGUUUGUCUCUUUUUUUAAACGCCUACACCGUCGCAGGUUUUAUUUUGACCCAGCCAGGAGCCAUAACAUUUUUUUUAUUUGACGUUUUCUGAACGAGAGGCGGGAUUUUUAAACGUUUGGAGGUAAAGAGGAGGACGGAAGGAUGAACCCUCAGUGUGCCCGCUGUGGGAAGAUCGUCUACCCCACAGAGAAAGUCAGCUGCCUGGACAAGAACUGGCACAAAGGAUGUUUCCACUGCGAGGUCUGCAAGAUGACCCUGAACAUGAAGAACUACAAAGGCUACGAUAAGAAACCCUACUGCAACGCACAUUACCCGAAGACGUCGUUCACCAUCGUGGCCGACACGCCAGAGAACCUGAGACUGAGGCAGCAGAGCGAGCUGCAGAGCCAGGUGAAGUACAAGAAGGACUUUGAGGAGAGUAAAGGCCGAGGCUUCAGCAUGGUGUCCGACACGCCGGAGAUGCAGAGACUCAGGAAGACCCAGGAGCAGAUCAGUAUUGCCAAAUACCACGAGGAAUUUGAGCGGACACGCGGCCGAGGCUUCACUCCGGGUUUGGACGACCCCAGCAUGGAGCGCUACCAGAGAGCCAAUCAGAUGAUAGGAGAGGCGGGCUACAACAAAGGGAUCCACCCCCAGGUGAUGGAGAUGGACAGAAGACCAGGAGGCAUCAUCGUAGCUCCUGUCCUGCCCGGAGCAUAUCACCAUCAUCAUCAUCAGGGCGUCCAGAUGCAGCAGCAACAGCAGUAUCACGGCUACAUGCACCAGACCAGCAUGUCGUCUGUGAGAUCGGUCACCUCGCCACCACACUCGGCCUCCACCCGCGUUUACCGAGCGCUCUACGACUACGCGGCUCAGGACCACGACGAGGUGUCCUUCAGGGACGGCGAUGUCAUCGUCAACGCUCAGCCCAUCGACGAGGGCUGGAUGUACGGCACCGUGCAGAGAACUGGGAAGUCCGGGAUGCUGCCAGCCAACUACGUGGAGUGCUGCAACUGAAGAGCCGAAACCCGGAGAGAACUACUUGGUGUGGAUCCGGCAGACGUUUGGGAUGUUCUUUGCAUUUCACCAAUCUUUUACCAACAUGAUGCUGGUUUACAAAUUCAGAGACUUCUACUUCCUGUUGCUGUCAAAGGAUCUCCUUUUUUAUUUUUUUAUUUUUUUUUUAAGCUGUAAGACUCCAGAAAACGCAAACCAUCAUCCUCCCACCGCCGUGCUUGACAGUAGGACGCAUUGUUUCUGAUCGGCUGUUAGUUUUAUCUAAAGUCCUCAGAGCUAAAAUAAAACUGGAGAUUUGUUUAAAGAAGCAUUUUUUUUUUGUACAAACUGACCGAAAUGCCACAAACAUCCCAGACGGCUGUGGUCGGGUCCGAAUCCACAGGUUUGAUGAAAAAGAGGCGAAAUCAGUGAAGCUGAAAUCGGAAUAAUUUAAGGAAGUCGUUUAAUCGUCAGUAACAAAGUGAAGGAGGCCAUUCAGUGGAAGUUUGAAGU